GUGCACUCACAAAUAUUGAAAACUCUCAACAUCGCUGAUAUGAUGUUAUUCAGUGAGACUGCCUUUACAAAUGUUAGAGCCUCGUUAAAACACUACUGCAAGAAGUCUUCAAUGGAAGGCGAGCUCACCUGCCCAAUAUGCCUGCAAAUAUACCAGGAUCCUGUCGUGAUGUCAUGCAUGCACUCGUACUGCAGGGAGUGUCUUAAAGAUUUGCAUGUCAAAUCCACUACAGCCGAGGAAUCAUGGGACACACGUUUAAAGACCAGCAACACGCUGCCCUGCCCCGCCUGUCGAGCAAUAACAAGCUUUGGCCUGGAGGGUGUUGAUGGCCUACCCAAAAACUUCACCCUAGCAAGUAUAUGUAGGAAGUUCAAAGAGACCUUCCGACAGCCUCCUGCCCUGGCAUCUGAUGAAACUUGCAAACAAACACCAUCGAACGAGAAAAGCGUGUACUGCAAGGCAUGUCAAGUCAUUGUGAGGAGUGGAGAUCUAUUGCCAACACAUCGCUAUCAUGUCACAGAGGACUUAAAAACUGAACUUAGAAAACAGCAGGUCAAACUCUCCACUUGCCUUCAGGAGCUGGAAAGAAGUCGCACUAAGGAAGAAGCUAGACUGAAAGCAGCAUCGGUUGAUCAUUGUAACAGACAGGAACAGAUGCAGAAACAAGAAGAUGCUAUCAAUUCAUUGGCUGAAUCCAUAGAGGAACGUGUUCAAUCACGGAAAAAAGAAGUUCUAGAAAAGUUGAAGUCCUUGAAAACGCACAACAAGACAUCUUUUGAGGCGUACCAGAAACAACUCCAGUCCUACAUCUCCACUGUCGACAGUAUCACUGCAGCUGCACAUACAAUAGGUGAUCAGAGACUGGAAGGAGAAGAAGGACAAGUCGGUUUCCUGCAGGUGGUGGACGACGUCUUGACACAGACACAGCGACUGGCAAGAGUGGAUGACUUGACAUCGUGUUUGGGCAUGCCGUUUCCUGCAUAUGGUGAAGAGUUUGCAGGGAAUCUAAGAGCUGAUUUCACAGCACUAUUUGGUCCGUCUCUGGACCCAACUAAAACAACCUUAGCCGCUAGCAACGAGGACAUAUCAACGGUUCAUAGUCAAGAGGAAGUUUCCACUGAUGAAGAGGUUGUUGCUGCAGCAAAUCACAACGUCAUCCAAGAUCACAGUCAAGAGGAAGAUGCCACUGAUGAAGAGGUUGUUGCUGCAGAAAGUGAAACCGGAUAUUUCUGCUGGACACCAACUUACAACGUCAUCGAAGGUGCAAACUUUGAGUGGGAUCCAUAUGAGUGCAGUUCAUCACUUGCGAUAUGCGAGGACCGUUUGUUGGUGACGGACGAGCGAUGGCAGGAUGAAGAGAUUCGAGGUGAAUGUGCUAACAAUUCCGGUAACUGGAGGAACGUACGUGGCAUAGCUUCACACAUUAUCUUACAAGGGAAGAAUUUAUACUGGGAGAUCCUUGUUACAUUCGCUAUCCUGAGUCAUCUCAACGACAAGGACCUGAUCACGGACCUCGGAAUAUGCAAACCUGGAAAGGAAGACGUGUAUUCACCAUUGAGAGAAAACUACUAUUGCCUCUGUUGCAGUCUAAUCAAAGAUCCUGUCUCAGCAAACAUUGUCAUGGAGUUCUGGGAUGGCCCAAAGAAGACCACAUGGGAAACUCAUACGGUAAAGAAACGGAUAAGACGCCGUAAGAAGGAGCACCUCAAGCUCGGGUUCAAUGUCGACUUUUUGAAUAAGAUGUUCAGGAUCAUUGACGUCGAUGAGAACGCGGUUCUCCAUAAUUUUGUGGGUAUGGACUUCUCAUCGGUCACUGCCGUAGCGUCUAUCGAAAAUGGAGACAAGGUUAGAACGUCCUUGGAACUGGAUUCAAAUGUCUGUGGUUUGCCAUUCGUACUCUGGAACUGAAACUUAAAGGAAUACUCUGAAGUGAUGACGCCUACCUUGACCGUGGAGUUUGAAAUUUAAUGAUUUCUUUGCUUAUGUGUAUCAUUAAUAGAGCAACACCUCACGUGUACAUCAUCACAUUGAACUACUGGGAAUAAAUACACAACACUGAUAUUCAGCAACACCCGGUCAGUUCUCAGGGAACAAGCACUGUUGUGGACCCAGUUUCCUUUCAUUCUUCACAACUGAAACCGGCAAAAUGAUGAAGCUGGCCUGCAUAGCAAGGUAUCACAAUAAAAUCCAUAUCAAUAUUAAAUUUUGUGGAUGUGUAUGUUGAUCUCGAAAUGAUAUUGCUUUAACUUCGAUCACAGAACACUGAUGUAUGAACACAUACCGGCUGUAGAGAGUCACAAAGGGUAGCUCUCUGUCCACAAUACGUAUAUGGUAUUCGAUGUUAUGUGUCAGUAUAGAGUGAAGUGUCUUAUGAUUGUUAGUGGCAGAAAAUAAUUUUUUCGUGUCACGAAUGAUUUGCUUUGCUCGGUUGACAGCGGAAAGAUUGUCCUCCUUGUACUUCUUGACCUGUCAGCCGUUUUUGACACUCUUGACCACAAUAUACUUCUGAGACAACUUGAGUCUUCAUUUGGAGUAACCGGAAUGGCACUAUCAUGGUUUGUUUUGUACCUCAGCAAUCGACAGCAGUCAGCUAUCAUAAAUAAUCAUGCAUCUAAGAAAAUCCCUUUAUCCUGUGGAGUACCACAAGGAUCGGUUCUGGGACCAGUGUUGUUUAAGCUUUACACCAGAGAUCUAGGAGAUGUAGUCAGUACACACUAUGUGAUCCACCAUUGUUAUGCUGAUGACACCCAGUUGUCUGAUUCGUGCAAUCCCAGUACAGCAGAUCGAAUGUGGGAGCGACUGUCAGAGUGUACAAGUGACGUAAAAACAUGGGUGACGACACAUUUGCUCAAACUGAAUGAGACGAAAACAGAGGCGUUGCUUGUCGGCACUAAGAAGUAUCUUCAUCAAGUGAUGACUAACUCAGUCACAGUUUGCAACACUGUCAUUCCAUUUUCGAAAACCGUAAAAAACCUUGGACUUCAUCUGGACUCUGAUCUCUCUUUGAAAGCUCAUAUUGACACAGUCUGCAAAUCCUGUU